AUGCAGGCCGAGGCCACCAACGCCUCCCUCAGUGAGGGCAUCCAGGCUCUUGGUGUGAAAGAGGCAGAAAAUGAAAAGGAAGCGUGCAAACAGGAGGAAGACGGCACCGAGCAACGAGAUUCUGAGAUGACUGCUGCACCCGUCGAGGACGCUGGAACCACGGACGACAAAGACACAGACGGGCCAGAGGGAGCCAAACAUGCAAACGCACCUCAGUCAGUCGCAGGGGUCGUGGACGAAGAAGGGUCGGGGGCGGCGGACGAGGACUGCGAAUGGGAGUUGCCGUACAGCGACGAGGAAAUGGAGGACCCCGCGAACUGGAUGCCUCCUCCCGCCGAGAUCAAAAGACUCUACGAGCUGCUGGCCAAGGGCGAGAUGCUGGAGCUGAACUUCGAGCCCCUCCCGCGGCGGCCGCCAACGCCCGAGCGCGCCCUGUCGCCCGAAAGGGACGAGGAGGAGGAUGAGGUGGAGGAGAGAGAGAGAAAGGAGAGGGAGCGCAAGCCUCCGAGUCCAACCGAGUUUGACUUCGAUGAGGAGCAGCAACUGCAAAGCACCCCGAAAAAUUCCUUCAUUAAUAGACGCAGGACACCGGGGUCGUCAGCCCGCUCGUCUGUGAAAAGGGAGGCCAGGCUGGACAAAGUGCUGUCGGACAUGAAGCGCCACCGCAAAAUCGAGGAGCACAUCAUGCGCACGGGGCGAGACCUCUUCAAGAGCGAGAAGAAGACGGAGGCGGCGCUGUCGCCCAACAGCCAGAAGGAGCGGGACAAGGAACGCGAGCGAGACAGCAACCCCAACACCAUCUUCUCCCCCAGGCAGAGGAGAUACUGAACGCUGAUGGUUCCGGUGUCAACCCCCACCCCGCACCCCCCUGUACAUUUUCAAGGCGCUUUUUCGAAAGUUGAUUUCCUCCCCACCCCCUCUAAUGUAACCAAUUUUGUAUGUUAUCUAUGUUUUUGUAUGAUGGCAAUAAACAUGCUAACCCAAAGAGGACUCGCGAAAUAACAUUUGGAGAAAUGUUGGGGAAUAAAGAGAUAAAAUGGUAAACAUUUAAAGCGGUGAUAAAUCAUAUUUAAAGCAGUUGAGACCAGACAGACAACUAAAAUGCAGUGGCGCCUUAUUCAUUCUUACGAAUAUAUAUAUGUAUAUAUAAACAAUGAAAAUGAAAAAAUAAUGUAAACAAAGUAUAAAAUAUUCUUUUGCAUUAUCUCUUCGCUUCACUUCAGCCCAAAAUUUGGUACUGAAUAAUUUUGGGCUGAACUUUAGUGGGUAUAAAAAGUCCACACACGCUUUUCCAAAAGCAAGAUUAUUUAGGGAAUAAAGAAAUAAGACCAAGACUACAUUACAUCUUAUUUUCUCUAUUUGAUGACUGCUAACUUUACCUUCACAUUAAUGGUGGAACUCUUUAAUCUUGAUCUAAAAAAAAAAAAAAUCCCCAAAAUGUUCUAAUAUCCCUCACCAAUCAUGACCUUUGUCCCUCUAGCGACCUGCCAAAAAUAAAAAUAUACAUAAUAAUCAAGAGACAAGACACAACCAGGACAGAGAAGUAUAUUUCAGAUAAGUUUGAGUAACAUUACAGCCUUCACAUAAGGCUCAGAAGCAUAGAGUAUAUAAUUAUGGAUGCAUAAAUAUGCAUUCAGAACCACAAACCAAAUAAAUAAAUAAAAUAAAUAAAUACGUACUUACAAAUAAAUAACGAGCAAUUGGGGGGAAUAUACAGUACGUUCAGGUCAGGCUCGGGAUUGCGGAAGGUGGGGGUGGGGUGGGGUGGGGGGGUUAAUGGUUGCUCUGUUUUUGACAUGCCCGGUUAGUUGUCCAGAUGUUUUGGCAAAUGUUUGUCUUCAUUUUUAUGUAUAAUAAUUAUUUUUUUUUUUUUUGCCUUGACCCAUUUCCAGGAGAAGUGCAGCUGCUGCUUUAAAAACAAAACACUAAGUGACAAAGCGAAUUCAACAAAGGUUCAUAGAACCUGUGGAGCAAAUUAGCACAAUGUAAAAGGUUUUUAAAAAUAAACAUAUUGAACUCAAUAAAUGUUUGGGGUUUUUUUUUUUCAAGAUCAACAUGGCCUUAUUUAUUGGUAGCAAACAGGCUGCGCGUAAAUUACGAGGGAAUGUCUCCCACAACACUGUUUUCCCUUCAAAAGUUUCUUAAUAAUGCCCUUAACAAUGCUUAAAAAAAAAACAAAAAAACAUCUGUGAGCUAUUUUUGGCCAAU